AUGGCCCUUGAUAAUAAAAGAUUGAGCAGUCUGCCUACAGAUGAAGAAAAUAGAAGCAAAAAGCGAAAGGUGCUAGAUACUUUAAAUGAUGAAGGACCUCUAACUCAAGAGGAUGUCAUAUAUUUUCAAAAGGAGGCAAUCUUCAGAAAAUUGUCGCUUUACAAGGAAGAAUUAUUGAUCACAAAGAAAAGUUUAGAAAAUUGGAAGAAAGAUUGCAAUUGCAACUCCGAAAAACUUUCCUUAUUGAGUGGCUGGUGGCUCAAUAUAAUAGAAACUUUGAAUGCUAAUGGAAUGGUCAGCAAAUCGGAGAUGGAUAAUAUUGACUCUCAAAGAAGUGUGCUUUUUGUUGGCGAAGAAGUUGGAACUAAUAGAGAGAAUUUCAAAGUUAUGUUAGAGCUACGGAGAAAUAUCUUACAAAAAAUACUAGAUCCAUUAUUGAAGAAAGCUGGUAUAAAUAAUACUGAUGCUGAUUUGAAGCUGAAGGUAGAGUCCCUUUUAAAUGAGCUUUCAAAGGAAAAAUCUAGACGACAGACAUUGCAGCAAGAAAGAGGGCGCUAUUUAGAAGAUAAUAAGGAGUUAAAAAGUAAAGUAAUGGAACUAGUGCAUCAGAAUAAUAGAUUGACUUCCAAAACAUUGAAACGAACAGAUGAAUCAUUGAUGGAUGAUGGCAACAAAGAUAAAGAUGAGGAGGAAAAGGACAUUGCAGAGAACAAUGGUAUGAAAAAAGAGGAAACUCAAAGUGUGGAAAAAAUUUCAAAUGGCGUUUCCAUUAAUGAAAAGGAAUGUGAAGAACAGGUAGAUGAUUUAUCUGUCCAAAUAACUGAAUUAAAAUCUCAGGUUGAUAUCUUGACUAACCAGAUUGAAGAGGAAAGCUCCAGAUCAUCAAAAUGCAAACAAGAAAUCUCAACUUAUGAAUUGCGACUUUUAAAUCUCACCGAGGAUGAUCUACAGAACUCUAUCGUUUAUAAGAACUUGAUUAGUAAAAUUGAGAAACUCAACAAUGAAAAUGGUGAAUUGACAAAUAAAGAUUCUACCUUAAUUAAUAAAAUCUCUGAACUUGAAAACGAGCACAAGAAUGUGACUGAUAAGUUUGAAUCAAAAGUGUUGGAAGAGAAGAAAAUGCUACAGUCUCAUUUAGAAAAAGCAGAAGCUGAUUUAGCCAGAGUUCGUACGAAUCGUGAUGAUUUGAUUGCCAAAUUAGAGAUAAUCAGCGCCGAAAAAAAGUCCAAAGAAAUUUAUGAUGAGUUGAUGAACACAAUUGAGAAUCAAAAGGAAGAAAUUGAGAAAUUAACGUCUGAGAGACGUAACCAGCUAACAGAAAUUGCUGAAGGAGAUGUGGAUAUUCAAAACUUAAAGAUGCAAAACCAAACUCUUAUAAAUGAAUUGAAGGACAUGGAAGUUGCCUUCAACCAAACUCAAGCUCAGCUCAACAAGAAAUUCGAAUCUCUUAUUAAUAAUGAAAAUAUUAUUACCAAAUUAAAAUUAGAGAAGAAUAAGGCUGAUCAAAAAUACUUUGCUGCAAUGCGAGUCAAAGAAUCGUUGACUAAUGAAACAAAAACUUUGAAGAUUCAGAAUGCAAGAUCCAGUGAACUUAUCUCUCAGUUGAAAGAGUUCGAGAAGUUGACACAAUCUAAAAUUAAAGCUCUUGAGUCGAACUUGGGUAAUAUGAAAAUUGUAAGUGUCGAGAAGACUAAGGAAAUCGAUAUUUUGAAGAGCAAAUUAAACGAGCUCAUCAAUUCUUUUGAUAUUUUGAAGAAAAAGUUUGACCAGUUGAGUAAUGAAAAGAAGACUUCAGUGGGAAAAUUUCAUGAAUUUGAGGAAACAAUCAAAUCGCUAAAAAGACAAGUUGAACAAUUAAAAGCUAAGAAUUCUUCUCACGAACGGAUUAUUGGAAGAUACCGUAAAAGAAACGGUGAUUCUGAAAAGAAUAAUAGUAUUGUUGAAUACAAAGAAGAUAAUACUAGAAUUGAAGGAUUGAUUUCAAUAGCUAAAUGUUCAAUAUGCUCAAUCAGAUUUAAAGAUACCGCUUUGAAAACAUGCGGCCAUGUAUUUUGUCAAGAGUGUGUUAAUAAUCGGUUGAAUGCAAGAUUGAGAAAAUGUCCUUCUUGUAACUGCGCCUUCUCUUACAAUGAUUUACUUUCAGUUCAUUUGUGA